CCCUGCGGGCGUGCGCCUGGCAGUGAGCUCACUCGCUCCGUUAUAAAUAUCUCGGUGCCAGCAGCGCCGGCAGCCCGCGGCGGGGGGCCUGCCUGCGGAGCGCGGCUAGGCGGCAAGAUGCGCCGGGGAGUCGGGCCGCUGCAAGGAUGAUGAGCCGCACCGUCCUCUGCCUCCUCGUCCUCAGCCGCCUCCUCCCCGGUGCCUCGGCCCGCCCCGACGCGCGGCUCGCCCGGGCUGCCCCUGUCCCCGCGCCCGGCGGCACCUUCCAGUGGAGCCCCUCGGGCCGCCGCACCGGCAGCCUCUACUGCAGGGUGGGCAUCGGCUUCCAUCUCCAGCUGCACCCGGAUGGCAAAGUCAACGGCUCCCACGAAGCCAGUCUCUUAAGUAUUUUGGAAAUAUUUGCUGUGUCUCAGGGGAUUGUAGGAAUACGAGGAGUUUUCAGCAACAAUUUUUUAGCGAUGUCAAAAAAAGGAAAACUCCAUGCAAGUGCCAAAUUCACAGAAGACUGCAAGUUCAGGGAGAGGUUUCAAGAGAACAGCUAUAACACAUAUGCCUCAGCGAUUUAUAGGACUGAAAAGACUGGGAGAGAGUGGUAUGUGGCUUUGAACAAAAGAGGCAAAGCUAAAAGAGGCUGCAGCCCCCGAGUGAAACCCCAGCACAUAUCCACCCACUUCCUUCCAAGGUUCAAGCAGUCUGAGCAGCCAGAACUUUCUUUCACUGUCACAGUUCCUGAGAAGAAAAAGUCACCUGCCUCCACUCCAGCAAAACCAAAGGUUUCAUUGUCUGUGCCUCGGAAAAAUCCCAACACUGUCAAAUACAGACUCAAGUUCCGCUUUGGAUAGCUGUGCACCUGGGCGAGAGUGAGGAACACUUUUCUCAGGAGCUGCUGGGGGGGGGUGUGUGCGUGCGUGCGUGUGUGUGUGUGUGU